AUGUCUACCGCCAUCAAUUCAGUCCCCUUCGCGGAGCCGGCCUACCUCAGGGGCCUCCCGUCGCCGUACUUCCGCCAGACGCACCUGGACUUCCAGAAGCGAUGUCGCGCGUUCAUGAACGAGCACUUCAUCCCGUACGCGCUCGAGUGGGAAACCCAAGGCACGGUGCCCGAGCACGUGUGGCACACGUUCAACAAGCACAACAUGCUGAUCCCGAACCUGAAGUCCCCCUUGCCGGUCUCCUGGCUGAAGAAGCUGGGUAUCAAUGACAUCCUUGGCGUUCCCGUCGAGGAGUGGGAUUACCUACACACGGCCAUCUGGGUGGAUGAGCGGGCAAGGACGGGCAUCUCCGGCCCCGGCUCCAGCCUCUCGCCCGGCUUCGCCUACGGCAUCCCGCCGAUCCUCAGCUUCGGGUCCGUGGCCCUACAGGAGAAAUUCCUCCCCUCGAUGCUGACGGGCCAAGUCCGCGCCUGCAUCGCCAUCACGGAACCGCACGCCGGAUCCGACGUGGCGAACAUUCAGACCACGGCCACCAAAACCGCCGACAAAGCGUACUACCUCGUCAACGGCACCAAGAAAUGGAUCACCAACGCCAUCUGGGCCGACUACGCGACCAUGGCGGUGCGGACAGGCGGCCCCGGGUCCGGCCCCGGCGGGAUAAGUCUCCUCGUGGUCCCGCUCAAGAACCACCCGGGCGUCACGAUGCGGCGCCUACAGGUAAGCGGCCAAAUGGCCGGCGGGACGACGUACAUUGAACUGGACGACGCGAGGGUCCCCGCGGAGAACCUCGUCGGCGAGGAAGGCCAGGGGAUGAAAUAUAUCAUGACGAACUUCAACCACGAACGGUUGCUCAUCGCCAUGGGCGUCACGCGGCAGGCGAGGGUCGCGCUGUCCACGGCGGUCGAGUACGCCAUGAAGCGCGAGGCGUUUGGCAAGACGCUGAUGGACCAGCCCGUCGUGCGGCACCGGUUGGCCAAAUGCGGCGCCGACCUCGAGAGCCUGCAGGCCUGGCUGUACGAGUUUGUGUACCAGCUGAACAAUAUGACCAAGGCCGAGGCGGACGACAAGUUGGGCGGGCCGACGGCCGCGCUGAAGGCAAAAGCAGGCAUGGUGUUUAGGGACUGUGCCGAGACGGCCGUCUUGGUGUUUGGCGGCAAUGGAUACACGCGCACGGGCCAGGGCGAGCUGGUCGAGAAGAUCUACCGCGACGUCAUGGGCGCUAGGAUCCCGGGUGGGAGCGAGGACGUCAUGCUCGAUCUGUCGAUUCGGCAGCUGGUCAAGGGCUUCAAGAAGCAGGCUGCUCGGAGCAGGCUGUAA